AUGGGCAAACGUGGGCAUACUGCCAUUGAUUUUAUUUCCGCGCUCAACGAUGGAGUCAUGCAAAUUGUUCACUGGAUUAUGGUUUUCGCACCGAUUGGCAUCUUCGGGCUAGUUGCAGGUCGAAUUGGACGUGCCGGUGGAUUCACCCAAUUUUUGCCGGAGCUGCUUGCAGUUGGAAAAUAUAGCUUCACAGUCAUAUUUGGACUCGCUAUACAUGCCGUUAUUGCGUUGCCGAUAAUCCUCUUUUUGGUUGGCAAACGGAAUCCAUUGACCUACGUAAAAGGGAUGGGAGCAGCGCUGUUAAACGCUUUCUCCACAGCAUCAAGUUCAGCGACGCUGCCGUUGACAAUGGAAGGCACCGAGAAAAAAAAUGGUAUAUCCAAUCGGACUUCGAGUUUUGUCUUACCGCUCGGCGCAACCAUUAACAUGGACGGCACUGCCCUUUACGAAGCUGUUGCUGCGAUGUUCAUUGCACAGGUCUAUGGAAUAGACCUAGGCCCUGUGGAGCAGGUCGUCAUCUUUCUGACUGCGACGGUUGCUGCUAUCGGUGCCGCAGGUAUUCCUGAGGCAGGCCUUGUGACAAUGAUGAUUGUCUUAAAAGCCGUUGGGCUGCCGAUCGAAGGUAUCGGGUUAAUCCUGACUAUCGAUUGGUUCCUUGACCGAUGCCGGACAACCGUCAACGUCUGGGGCGACAGUGUUGGCGCAGGUGUUAUUGAGACACUUGAAUCUGAAGUUGCUCCAGAACAAGGGGCAGAUUCUCCUUAA